AUGACUAUCAGUCCUCGAAGAGUGAUUACACCGAUCUAUCGUUCUACACGUGAUGAACAAUACGCUAGCAUGCGACUCGGACUACAAAGAGUGGGUUAUCUAACGACAAUACCACUUCGUCAUGUAUCUGCAGAAGCAUGGAUUCAUUCAUUUACAGCUGAUGUCACUUUAACGCAAAUAUAUUAUAAUGAAAACAACGAUCCAAUUGAAGCAGUCUAUAUAUUUCCUAUUGAGGAAAACGCGGCAAUUUAUGAAUUUACGGCUCGAAUCGACGAUCGAUUGAUUACAGCUGUGGUACAAGAAAAAGACACUGCUGAGAAUAUGUAUGAGGAUGCAAUUCAACGGGGUCAAACGGCAGUGUUACUUCGACAAGAUGAACGAACAUUCGAUACUUUCAAAAUAAAUGUCGGAUUUCUGCCACCAGGUAAAGAAUGUAUAGUCAAUAUUCGUUAUGUGACCGAACUAGAUUUGGUUGAUGGAUCCUUUAUCCGAUUUGUUGUUCCAACUACCAUUGCACCUCGAUAUGAUCCAAGACUAAGCAUAGUGCAAUCACUGGAUAGAUCACAAACCGAAUAUGUUCAAAAUUCUUCGUAUUCAAUGUCAUUUCGAGCUCAUGUUAAUCGAUACGAACAAAAUCAAAUUAUCGAAGUGACUAAUAUGUCUCAUCCGGUCAAUCGCAGCGCAUCGUAUAAAACAAUCGACAUUUCCUCAGAAGGCAUUGCACUCGAUCACGAUAUUAUCCUGGAUAUUGAUCUGCCACGUAAUCGGUCCGCGGUACUUAUUACAGCCGAACAAUACAAUAAUGCAUCAAACCUUGCAGUUCUUACUGUACUGAAUAAUAAUUAUGAACGUUUCCUCACAAUGUAUGAUAAGAACAAUUCAAUUGCUUCAACAACUGAAUAUAUCUUCGUCAUCGACUGCUCUGGUUCUAUGGACGAUGAAAAUCGCAUUAAUCUUGCUCGAGAUGCAAUGAUUUCGUUUGUACAAUCUAUUCCUAUGGGUGCACAUUUUAAUAUAAUUCGUUUUGGAUCAAACUAUGAAAUUCUUUUUUCUAAUACUACACGGAUGACUACUGUAUACAACGAGCAAACAGCCAAACAGGCCAAAGAUCUUGCAAGUACGAUGAGAGCCAAUUUAGGUGGUACAGAGUUAUUGAAACCUCUACAAUACUUAAAAGCACAUCCGCCUGCUAGUGGUAAAUCACGACAAGUGUUCAUCUUGACCGAUGGUGAAAUUGCAAAUACAGAUCAGGUGAUUGAAUUAUGUCGUUCGAUGGCGUCGAAUACGCGCAUUUUCUCAUUUGGUCUUGGCCCUACAUCGUCUCGGUCUCUAGUGAAAGGUGUUGCCCGUGCGACAAAUGGCCAUUUUGUUUUUAUUGCUCCGAAUAAUACGGUUGAUCGAGACGUUAUGAAUCAGCUUCAUCGAGCCUUGCAACCAUCACUUGUUAAUGGUCAAUUGCAAUGGUUUGGAUUGUGGCCCAAAGGUUUCCAAGCACCUAAAACUAUACCCCCAGUAUAUGAAAAUGAUCGUGUACUUGUCUAUACUCUAUUCGAUAAGUUUUACUUUAAUGGGCAAUCUGCGCCGGUAAAAUUUUCGGCCGACAAUCGUUUAAUCGGUACUAGUUCAUUGAACCGCAAUGAUAUACGCGACGGCGAUACGAUUCGCCGUUUGGCAGCUAAGGCUUUAAUACAAGAAUUGUUACAUAAGGGAGAUACACAAUAUAUUAAUUCCAAUAUGACAGUCAAACAGCGUAUUAUCGAACUCUCGUUGGCUCAUCAAAUUUUGUCACCAUACACAGCGUUCGUUGGUAUUGAAACAAGUCGUUCUGGGCAAAGUAAUGCUUUGCAAAGCCAACAUCUACCUAUUCAAGUAUCGAGAGAUGGCGAGCAUCUCCCCCAUCAACAUUCAUCUUUUCCUGGAUCCCAACAGUCCACACCGUUACCAAGUGUCCAUACGCAUUCAUCAACCAUAGUAAACUUUCCGACAAGAAUCACAGCGCCUUUGCAUUUACAACACCCUUAUUUAAACAACUAUGAUGAUGAACAUGACAAACACGGCAGAGUAGCAUACAUGUCUCGUCUUCCCUCUGCGAUACAAUCACGUGUUCCCAAUGAACACCUAGGGUAUUAUGAUCAACAAAGUCCUCAACAUAUGGCCGGUUAUGCACAUGCAUCACAUGGUGUGCAAGCGCAGGAGCUGUUUAUUGUUCAUCAAACUUCUACAUCCAGCACGACAGGUUUUGAUUCGAUAGUAACCCACAGCCAAUCAGACUCCCGAAAGUCUGUCUCUGCUGCGACGGAUUUCAUUCGUAAGUUGAUCCAGCAACAAUCGUUUGAUGGUGCAUGGGUUUUAACAGAUGAUUACGUAAAACAAUUGACAGGAGGCAAAUCGACCAGCUAUUUCAUGUCUACAAUUAAUCAAGAUAAAGAUGUUACUACAACAGCACUUGCUAUUGCUCUACUUGAAUUGAGAUAUGCCAACCAAAAGAGUCUUUGGUUUAUGGCAGUAGACAAAGGUCGCUGGCGCUUGAUGAACUAUGGUCUCAGCCAGAAUAAAAUCGAGUUAUUAAUUAAUGAGGUCAAGAAUAAACUCUGA